AUGCCUUCGACAAAGCCCAGCGCGGAAGAAUCAGACGAGUUCCUCCUCUCGUGCCGAUAUGGCGAGCUCGAGGAGGUGCAGGCGUAUAUCAGCCAGUUUGGAGAGGAGGCCAUCGUGGAAGCUAGGGAUAAUAGGGGAAAUACGGCUUUGCACAUGUGCUGUGCCAACGGACAUAUCGACAUAUUACAAGCCCUCCUCCCCCAUCUCCCACCUUCGUUCCUCCAGCAGACAAAUACUGCCGGAUCUCCACCAUUACAUUGGGCUAUCUUGAACAACCAAGUGGCUGUUGUCAAGCUGUUGUCGGAGUUGCCAGAAGAGAAGGGCGGGGGAUUACCAUUAUUACAUCAGCAGAACCGAGCCAAGCGGGACGCCUUCACCGAAGCGCUCUUCCACGGGGAGGGCAAAGAAGAGAUCGCGGGCUAUAUAGAAGGCUACCUCUUCAAGGCGGAAGGGGACGGGACGGACGGAGAAGGGGAGAUCAAGAUGACAGCGGGGGAGGUGGAGGAGGCGCAAGAAGGGGAUAAGGGGGCGGAGGAAGAGGCAGUGAAGGAGUUGGAGGAGAAGGCGAAGGAUGUGAGAAUAGGGGAACAGUAG